AUAUCUAUAUAGUAGUCCUCUUCAUACUCAAUUACCAUGCCUGAUUCUAUAUUAUUUGAUGUCAACUCUCCAACAACUGCAACUGGGAACUAUUAUGCAAGCUCACAAAAGGACGAUCUACGGUUUUAUAAUGGUGCUUCGACUUAUCAUCAACAAUCAUCCUAUGAACCUUCAUCAUAUUAUACUCCACCACAGGCGUCAGGUGAUAUGACAGGAUAUAUGGAACCUCCUACAAGCUUUUGGAAUGCUUUUGGAACAGCAGGUUUACCUGGUGAACCUUCUCUUAUGGAAGAAUUAGACGUGAAUCUGUCACACAUCAAAGAUAAGAGUUUAACAGUACUGAUUCCUUUCCGUUCUAUUCCACCAUCUAUCAUGGAUGACACUGAUCUAGCAGGACCACUUUUGUAUCUCUUUUUAUAUGGUUUAGGGCUUAUGUUAUCAGGUAAAGUACAUUUUGGUUAUAUUUAUGGUGUAGGCAUGUUAGGAGUAGGUUCUCUGUAUGUACUUCUCAAUCUCAUGUCACAAGAACAAGGUGUUGAUUGGGCUCUUACUGCUAGUGUACUUGGUUAUUGUCUCUUACCCAUGGUGAUGCUCAGCGGAGUCACUAUUGUGUUCCAAACAGGUGGUAACACAGGUUGGGCAUUGGCUGUCCUUAGCUUUUUUUGGUGUACCUUGUCCAGUGCUGCCAUGUUCACUAGUGUUUUACAUAUGCAAGAUCAAAGACUUUUGGUCACUUAUCCCGUGGGUUUAUUUUAUGCCUGUUUUGCUUUGAUGACCAUCUUUUAGAUUAUUUUAUUAUUAUUAUUUUAUUAUCAAAUAAAAAAUCA